AUGACAACCCUCACCAACGCAAUCACAUCUCUCCCCGCUCCCUCCAUCACCCUCGCUUUGGGAGGACUGACCACCGCCUAUGUCUUCUUCGCCAACAUCGGUGAGACCCAACGAGGUUCAAUCGCCUAUCUGAAUGAAAGAUUGACACCGGUAACACUGAAUGAUAAGGAGAGAGCGAAAGUAUGGAGAGCUUACUUUAAACCUGCUGCUACAUGGAUCGUCUCGGCUUCUCUCACCUCUACCGCACUCAAUAUGACCACGUCGUACCUCCACAAAUCACCGCUCAUCUCCAAGAUCACCUUCGUAGCAGGCAUGGCAUCCCUCUGGAUCCUGCCCAUCACCUUCUUCGUUGGUCUUCCACCUAUCAACUCCAGAUUACUCGACCUCGCCCAGCAAGACGAAGGUACCGCUAAUAAGAUCAUCACUCCCACAUCCGACGAUGAAGCCAAGAAGCUGAUCAAGAGCUGGGAGGAAAAGCAUGUACUUAGGUACCCUAGUUAUGCUGUCGCGUGGGGUUUGAGUCUUUUGGCCAUUCUUUUGGAUGGAAGGGUUUAG